UUGAAUUAGUCUUAAAAGCAAUUAAUUUGCUAUUAAUUAACUGUGCAAUGGCAAAAAUACAUCCUCAAGCACUUCUCUCUUCUUCUACUCCACCUUCAUACUUCACAUCUAAACAAGAAACUUUUACAAUUUGGAUGAAAUCUCUGCUUUUAAGCGGCACGGGUUGUACUGUUUAUGAUUCAAACGGCGCUGUCGUUUAUCGCGUCGAUAACUAUAAUUGCAAGUGUGGCAAUGAAGUAUUUCUCAUGGAUUUAGAGGGCAAUGUCUUGUUCACCAUCCUAAGAAAGAAAUUGAAGAUGUUUAGUUGCUGGGAAGGAUACCGGUCCGGUGGCGAUGCUGAGAAGGUCAAGCAAUCUAAGCCAGGUUUUCAAGUAAGAAAAAACUUGAGCCUUGUAAAAGCAGGACUAGCAUGCAGAGUAAGUGUAGGAUUAGACAAAAACCAACCGUCGGCCGAGUACACGAUCGAAACCUGCAUCCGGAACGGCAAACCAACGUGCAGGAUCGUGGAUAAAUCUGGACUACACAUUGCAGAGGUGACGAGAAAGCAAUCAACGGGAGGGAUUAUAUUUGGAGAAGAUGUUUUGACAAUGGUGGUUGAGCCAUCUAUGGACCAUUCUCUUAUCAUGGGGAUGCUUAUUGUCUAUAAUCUAAUUAACUAUAAACUUUAACCAAAACUUACAUUUACAAUCAAACUCUCUCUGUUUAUUUUAUGAAAAGUGCUUAAUAGUUAAUUUAAUAA